AUGUCGUCAGAGAAGCAAGAGGCCUCUACCAAGGGUGAGUGCAAGACUAACAUCCUGAGCAAAGGAACUGCAAGCACGUUCCUACAUCAAUUCUGCGGCUGGAAACCAAAAUGCGUCAGAAAAUCUGCUCAAGCAAAGCUACUGACGGGACCAUCUCCAUCAGAAUCAGAAACCAGCUCUUCUCCGAAUGCGGUACUCUUUGGCCCGCUCCACCAAUAUGGACAAGUCUCCUAUCUGCACCCCGGGCAGUACACCUCGAACACCGGUAUCACGAGAGCCUUCAAGGGGUACAUCACGACCACGGUUCACGGAGUUGAAACAAUCAUGCCAACACACGAGUAUCUAGCCCAUCCUCAGGAUACACGCUCAGCAAUUCUCAACCCUCACCUUCGCCUGGAUUCCGGGUACUACCCCAAUCCUAUCAAGCCACCGCCUGAUGCUCCUCCCCCGCCGCCUCCGAUCGACACCUCGACUGGGAAACCAAAGUCGGAGUCUACCAAAGCAGGUUCCGACGCAGAGAAGAUGUGUCCUCAAUGCCACCAUGCAAGUGCUCCGGCUCUGACAGACGGUGUUUGGAUCUGUUCGGGCUGUCUCCAGGGUCAUAAGUUUGUACUGGCUAACAAUUGCAACAAGAGUUAUUAG